AUGGAUAGUACCAACAUGGAUGUAGUGGCUCAAGAACAACAAGAAGAAACUCCUGUUGAAGAAACUGCUAAUUUUGUUCCAGACGAGUCUACCUCUGAUGAAAAUAGUAACAAAUCUUUAUUAAAAAAUGUUUAUUGGCAAUACUUUAGUAGAUAUAAAGAGGGAGAAGAGCGGAAGGCAAAGUGCAAUCAUUGUAAGUCUGUUCUUGGUGCCAAUCCAAAGAAUGGGACUACAAAUUUGAAGAAACAUGUGCUCCAUUAUUGUAAGAGAAUAAAAUUAGCAAAUUCAAGACAAUCAACAAUUGCCGAAUCUCUUCAAAGACAUAGAAAGAAUAGUUCAGAUACUUUUAUAUUUGAUACAUCUCACACAAGAAAAUUGAUUGCUAAGUCCAUUUGUAUGCAUGAGUAUCCUUUGUCAUAUGUGGAUCAUGUUGCAACAAGAGAAGUGUUUGCUUCAAUGCAACCAACGUUUAAGAUGUCAAGCCGAAACACAAUCAAGAAGGAUAUCUUUGAAAUGUACGAAGUGGAGAAGUUUAAUAUAAACAAGAUGAUGGAUGCAAAUGAUAGUCGAGUGGCUAUUACAACUGAUAUGUGGACUUCCAACCAGGAAAAAGGAUACAUGGUUGUUACAGCACACUACAUUGAUAGCUCAUGGAAUUUGCAAAUGCGAGUAUUGAGCUUUACUUAUGUUCCUGCUCCUCAUUCAAGUGAAGUUCUCUCUAAUGCAUUAAUGAAAGUUUUGUUGGAGUGGAACUUAGAUAGAAAAUUAUCAACUAUUACAUUGGAUAAUUGUUCUACAAAUGAUGCUAUGAUUGAUGUAUUGUUGGGACGUCUAGACUCAAAUUAUUUGUUGUUAGGGGAAACUGCAUGGUUGUACAGAGAUGUCUUUGCUCGACUAAAACAAAAAGACUCUAAUUAUAAAAGUGUGCCAAGUAACGAGGAAUGGGAACUUGCAAAAGAAAUUUGUGGUAAAUUAAAACUUUUUUAUUAUGUGACUCAGUUGUUUUCUGGAACUCAAGUUCCAACUGCCAACAUUUACUUUAAUAAAGUAUGUGAGAUACAUGUUGGAUUGGAAAAAUGGGCUGUUUCUCCUAAUCCAGUUAUUAGUAGCAUGGCAUGUAUGAUGAAGAGAAAGUUUGAUAAGUAUUGGGAAGAAAUUCAUGGCAUUAUGGGUGUUGCUGCAAUUCUAGAUCCUAGGUAUAAGCUUUAUGGGCUUGAAUAUAAGUUUGCUAGGAUAUGUGAAGAUCCUAAUGAAUGCACAAGGAAAGUUGAGAGAAUCAAACAGGCAUGUUAUGAGUUACUUCAUGAAUAUCAAAAGAAUACAUCUAAUUCAAGCAAUAUACAAAAGAAGAAGGAGAAAGGUUCAUUUGUGAAGACGGAAUUUGAUCACUAUGUAGAAGAAGAUGUUCAUCCUUUAACUCCUGAUUUUGAUAUAUUAGAUUGGUGGAAGAUAAAUGGAGUUAGGUUUCCAACUCUUCAAAAAAUUGCAAGAGACAUAUUUGCCAUUCCUGUGUCUACUGUUGCUUCUGAGUCUUCUUUUAGCACAAGUGGCUGUAUAAUUGCUAAUAGUCUUCAUGAAGAUACGGUUUGUCUUCAAAAAUUCAGGUAUAUCAUUCGCUGGAUUGCUGUUGAUGAUUAUAAGAGGGAAGAAGUAGAACUGUUUUGGUGGCAUCACGUCCUUCGCAGCUGUCUUAACCGUGAUGCUGAUGGACAAAUAGGUGAUAAUCGACCUUUUGGUCAACUUGCUAUUGCAAUGGCCGGUACUCCUGUUGGUGGAGAACUAGAUGUUGUCAAAUAUGUACUACGAGAUGAUGAUGAUGAUGUAUAA